UUUGUUUACAGUUCGGGCGCAGACGAGGCGAAGGGAAGUGCAAAGCCUAGUCUCUCUUUCAUUUAUGGCCCGAAAGAGCACUCAGUUGAUGAAAAUUUUCUUUUAACUCUGACGGGACUGCACUAUGUAAAAAGAAAUGAUUUAGUUGCUGCAAAAAAAUACAAUGCAACCUACGAAUCGUGCUGGAAGGACCGGUGCCUGUUAGUGUUUCAGUAUAAGCCUACAGUAAGGUAUAUGUGUUGCAUACAGAAGACAUGCCUGGUGUGAAGAGAGUACGAGAAAGUGAAAGAGACGAUCAUGAAAGUGAAAAUGAAGAAGGAGACCAAGAAUCUGAAAGCGACGGGAGUUCCCUAGACGAGUCGAUUUCCUCGGACGGAUCAGAGUCGGACGAUUCCUCAGAAUUAGAUGAAGAAGAGUGCGAUCGGCGCCGUGGAGAGUACCUGAGUGACCUUUCAGAUUUAGAGCAGCAAUUUUCCAUGCUUAGAGAACAGCUAUAUCGUGAAAGAGUAACUCAGGUUGAAGCCAAGCUGGAUGAGGUACGAAUAGAACAAGCGGCUGAAUAUCUGAUUCCGCUGGAGGAGCUUAGGGAAGCUAUGCGGGUCAGGCUUGAGGUCGCUUGUAUUCUAAGGCAGUAUCGCCUACAGAACAUCAAUAAUAAACAUGAAGCAGAAAUGCUGGCAUCGAAGCAAAACUUUGAGAAUGAAAAGGUUAUGUUGUGGGAUGCAAUUGAGAGUGAAUUGGAGGAGAAAAUCAGAAGAUUAGAAGAGGAUCGAAACAAUGUAGAUGUCACCAGCCAGGUGUGGGCUGAACAGAACCUUCAUAGAAAACGACGCCGACAUAGACAGGGCUCAAACAGUUCAACAGAUCGUAAGAGAAAGAAACCUACUACUGUUGCUGGACCUUACAUCGUCUAUAUGUUGAGGGAGCCAGACAUUGUGGAUGACUGGACCACAAUCAGAAAGGCGCUGACAGCCUCAAAACGCAAGACCAAAUUUGGUAAAAUUGGGUCUCCAAGACACUUUACAGAGGCCUUUUCCCUUUAAGGUGCCAGUUGAUGGAUAUGUCCAAUUAAUGCUGAAUGACAGGACUAUGUAAAUGAUAAAGGAUGUCUGAGUUUAGAAUAAAGUAUUGUUCUUAAUGUAUAUAAAA